AUGAAGACGUUACUAGGAGCUCAAGAUGUGUGGGAUAUCGUUGAGAAAGGCUUCAAUGAGCAAGAUGAAGCCUCGCUAAGCCAAGGUGUAAAGGAGACAUUGAGGGAGUCAAGAAAGAGAGACAAGAAAGCUCUCUUCCUCAUUUAUCAACCGGUGGAUGAAGAUACAUUUGAGAAGAUCUCCAACGCAACGACGACCAAAGAAGCAUGGGACAAACUUCAAACUUGCAACAAAGGAGUGGAACAGGUGAAAAAGAUCCGUCUUCAAACUCUUAGAGGUGAUUUUAAAUGUUUAUUUAUGGAAGAGUCCGAGUCAAUUUUUGAUUAUUUUUCUCGAGUAUUGGCUGUAGUCAAUCAACAUAAAAGAAAUGCCGAAGGUGUUGAUGAGGUGAAAGUCAUGGAGAAAAUACUUCGCACUUUAAAUCCAGAAAAACAAAAGAGAAAAAUUAAACAAAAGGAGGCUAUGGAGAAACUACUACAACUCAACAUAAAGGAAGAAAAUUAUGCGAAUUACAAGAGCCAAAGAGGACGAGGUCGUGGCCAAGAUCGUGGGCGUGGACGAGGACAUAAAGGAGAAGGAAGAGGUAGUUAUAACAACUACUGUAACAAUGGAGAAAGAAGUUGGAACCCACAAGCAAGAAGAGGUCGUGGAAGAGGAAAUUCAUGGUCGAGAUUCUCAAAGAAAGUUGUGGAGAAAGCUAACUUUGUAGAAGAAAAAGGCGGAGAAGAAGAAACGUUGUUGCUCGCGUGCCAAAACCAAGUUGAAGAGAAAAGAAACAAAUGGUACCUCGACACCGGUGCAAGAAAUCACAUGUGUGGCGAUCAAAGCAUGUUCGUAGAGAUCAAUGAAGCGACAACUGGCAAUGUCUCAUUUGGAGAUGACUCAAAGAUACCGGUCAAAGGAAAAGGUAAAAUUCUUAUACGCUUAAAGAAUGGGAGUCAUCAAUUCAUAUCCAAUGUCUAUUAUGUUCCUAACAUGAAGAAUAAUAUUUUGAGCUUGGGACAAUUAUUAGAGAAAGGCUAUGACAUCCACUUGAAAGAACAUAGUAUUUUCUUAAGAGAUUGUAGACAUAACUUGAUUGCUAAGGUGCCUAGGUCAAAUAAUAGAAUGUUACUCUUGAACAUUCAAAAUGAUGUUGCAAAUUGUCUCAAGACUUGCUAUACCGAAUCUUCAUGGCUAUGGCAUCUAUGA